AUGUCCGUAGUCAUGUUACAGUCGACAGAUGGCGACUCGGCCCCGUGGGUACGGACUGACGCGGAGGUUAACAAGAAGAUUAAAGAGAAGUAUGACGUUAAUCUUGAGCAGGAGUCACGAGAGUGGAUUGAAUGCUUGUUAAAUAUAGAAUUAGUGCCGGGUGCCGACCCCAAGACGCCACUUGGCCAUGACAAGUUCUGCGAGGUUCUGCGCGACGGCCAGAUUCUCUGUCGGUUUAUUAACGUUUUAAAGCCCGGUUCAGUGAAGAAGAUCAACCCUCCUAAAACCAACUUUUUCAUGAUGGAGAACAUCGGCAAAUUCCUGGAAGCGUGUACGGCCUAUGGGCUGUCUGUACAGGACCAGUUCAACACCGCUGCACUGUUCGAGAGAACAAACAUGACUCAAGUAGUGAACACGCUUCACGCUUUGGGCAGAAAGGCACAGGCCAAUGGUUUUGAAGGCCCAACGAUAGGCGUGCGCGAGUCCGCCUACAAUCCCCGCAACUUCAGCGAAGAGACGCUGCGAGAAGGGCAGACAAUCAUCGGGCUGCAGAUGGGCACCAACAAGGGAGCUAACCAAAAGGGAAUUAAUUUCGGGAAAGGAAGGAGCAUAACUGACUGAUGGAACCACGAUGUCCGUGUUAACUGCACAUCCCUAUUUCCCAUUCCCAUUCCCCAUUCCCCAUCCCUCAUGACCUCCAAACUAAGUCCGUGCAUGAUCCAUUAUUCAUGACAAAUUAACAUCUUUGUGUAUUGUCUUCUUCGACAUGUAUUGGCAUCACUUUCUUACACUUUACAAGUAUCGCAAGGCUACCGGAUGCUCAUCUACAAGGGAAAGAAACCAAGGGGAAAAAGAUCAGAAUUCUUGGCUUAAUAUUUUAAUUUGUUUAUUGUCUUCAGAGCUCAACUGUAAUGCAGUCUAGUGUCUGUAUGUUUCUCAGUGCAUACCUGGGUUUGUUAUUUUUUUAUGUAUUAUGUAUAUUUAAUGUACACAGGGAAAGAAACGGCAGAAUUUAUGAGGUGCAAAUCCCGCCAACAAACCUUCAGAAGCAUAUGUUGUUCAUUUGGUAUCGUGAAGAGUUUCAUAUUUUUACCUUCCCGACUCCCUUUGUCCCAAACAUUUUUGAAUACUUUGCAUUGCUGCCUAAUCAGAGAGAAAGUAGACAUUUUACAAGCUGUGAGCUGGUGGUGGCGAGCCAAGACUGGUAUUAAUUUGUUAUCGGGCAGGAAACGACCAGUGCUUCACAGAAGGUUGGCGUAGAAACGGUCGCACCGCUUUGCCUUUGUUAAUUUUUGCGCGUGACAGCGGUAAUCAUGCAGUAAUCAGACACGGACUGCCCCUGCCUGGCAGCCUCAGUAUUCUUUGGCAAAAGUCCGAAUUUUAUUUGAAAUGUUACUAAUUCGGGACCAAAUCUUUUUAACAUUUUUAAAAUUCUGUUGUUCAGAGUGCAUGCUCAGAGUUUGUUUUUAUUUUUUUAAAGGAGCAGUUGAAUCAACUGCUGCUGUUGAUAUACCGCAGAAGUAAAGUAUGACAAAAGUUUCUGCGGUAAACGUGCUUUCCAAGUUGGUCGUCUUUAUCAUAUUAUUCGUAAACCACUGUGUCAGAAAUAUCACACCUACAAUUUUAGCCUCUUUAUAUUCUGGAGAGAAAUACUUGUCAGAAUCUGUAACGCUGUGAAAUCUUAAGCAGACUUGUCAGAUUUUACGAAUCUCGAAAUAAUUUUUUUGGGGCAGGGUAGGAAAAUUAUAAAGAAAAACCAAGCAAUUUAUUUCAAGAGUAGGGCCGAGGUGGAGAUAGACUGAAAUAUGUACGAAAUAAUGCAACCUGUACAUGCGUUAAGCAGAGAGGUUUUCAGCCAGGAGCUGUUUUAUGUAGUACUUAACUAUAAGGACCUAGUUACAUUACUGUACUACCUGUGGGGUGUACUCGGUACUUAAGCUCAUCUAUACAUUCUCCAAACCACCUAUCUACAAACGGAAGUACAUUUCUUCCAGGAAAGGUUUAUUGUUGCACCACAUGUUAAGGUAUCCAACAUAUUUUGCUUUCAAUUUUUUUUAUGGUAUUAUUAAAUCAACCAGUAUUUUUGUAUGCUGUUAACAAACAUCCCACUUUCAGUCCAUAGCAGCAGCGAACCACUUAUGAUAAAUUAUUUGUUUUGCCAUAGUCCGUCGAUAUUAUGGACAAGUCGAACUGGGACCAGUAGAUACGUGUGCAUGUGUAUGCAGCACUGUUUGAGCUACAAUCUGCGGGAAAAAAAGAGUGUGUGGGUAUGAGCGUGUAGUUUUGCGGUAUGCAGAUACUAUGACACAUCAAUCGACCAUUUAUGGGACCCGUGUUUGCCGUUUUCGCUGUAGGCGCGCAUUCACCUCUUCUGUUCUCGCAGUGAACAUGCACUGUUCAUGCUGUUCACAUCUUUUGUUCGCGCUAUAAUCUGCUGUUCUAGCUUUUUUUCCCGUUCUCGCUGUGAACGCCCGUCGACAUCUAGCUCUCGCUAUAAUGAUGUUGGUACAUCCUCUGCGUCAUCCUCGUUUUGGAUCCUGACAGACCAGUUCCGUUCUGUUUUGCUGUUUUGCUCCCCCCCCCCCAUUUUAUUUUAUUUUUUUGACAUGCAUUAGUUUUUUGGGCCCCGCAUCUCUUUAAUUAACAUUAACGCUGAAGAAAAGACAUGCACAGCAAAGAAUGUUUCAUUUUCUUUUUUUGCUGUAAUCUGACAAUGUUUGCAAGAAAUGAUGGAGGAGUGGCUAGAUGUUCCCUGUUGCAUUCAAGUGACCCAGAACUCCUGCGAAGCACUCCGUACUACGCUAAGCUCGCAGUCCCAUCUCCAGUUCCAUGCAAAGGGCGAUAAUAACUCAGGCACUUCCGCUUUGUAGGCGCAAGCACGUUUCGCUGAAUCAAAUUUUUGUUUUUGAGUGUUUGCGUGCGUCCAUGCACAUCCUCAUGCAUUUAUGCGUUGUUUAUGUAUUCACCUGCCCGCCUAAACUUCAUAUAUGCUAGGUCUUCCAUCUUAUAGCAAAAGAAAAAGAAGUGCGAUGGUAAAACCAAAACCGAGCGACGUAAGUUGGAUGUUACCGACACAUUAGAGUGAGUAUAGUAUUUCUAGAGGCUUUCUGGAGCUGCCUUCUACAUCUACUUCCGGGUUAAUAAAUGUCAGUAUUCUUUCUGAUGUCAUGGCUGUUAAACUAAUGAAUGGUGAGCAGCUGUCUACUACAUUUUGAAUUUUUCCGCGAAGCUCAGAACUAAAUAAAUGCUGUUUUCUUUUUAAAACAAA